AUGACGACGACAAUUCACCGCCAGAUUGGGCGUAUGGGCAAGAGGUCCGCCGACGAUGCCAGCGUAGCAAUGAUCAUCAAGGAAGUCCACGACGCCGAGACUCUCCUGUCAAAACUCCUAGAGCACACAAAAGCCUGGCGUGAUGCCUGGUCGUCAAUCCUCGUCACUCAAGUUAACCUCACAGACUCUUUCCACGAUGUCUACAAGACGAUCCCCAUGCCCGGGGACUCGAAGAUCGAGGUUCUUGAAACGCCGACAGACACGCUGAGACGUGUUGCGACGCUGCAUGCCGCACAGAAUGAUCUCAAAGCGGACAUGCUGGACGAGAUUGAGAAGGUGGAUCGGUUGCUUGUUGAGAGAUUGGGAGAGGCCAAGGCGGCGCUGAAACCGGUCAAGAAGGCAAUUGAGAAGAGAGAAAACAAAAAGCUGGACUAUGAGCGCUUUAAUAAGCAAGUUGAAAACUCGCGCGCAAAGAAGAACAAGUCGGACAGGGAAUAUUCGGUCCUAUCGAAGGCAGAGAUGGAUGCCGAGCGGUCCAAGAACGCCUACGACAAUGCCGACGAGCACAUCAAAUCCUUUGUGCCCCCACUACUUGCCAAGAUUCUCGAAUUUGUCCCAUGCAUCGUCGAGUUCAUCGUGAUGUCCCAGUAUACCCUGCUCCAGAACACCUACAGCGCAAUCUACGAGUACGCCAACGACUACGGCUACACUGACCCCGAAGGCGCCGUCGUAAUCUCAGAAUGGGAGUCCCAAUUCCUACCCAUCCAGCAGCACCUUGAAUCCGAGAUCACCUUUAUCGCCCGCGGCAAAGCCAUCACCAUGCCCAUGAACGUCAUCGUCCAAGAAAAGAGCAUCAUCCCUCGCCUGGGCCGCUCAAACAAAGCUCCCCCGCCCCCACCCCCGUCACACCCGCCCGGCGGCGCCCCAAGCUACCAGGAGAAAUCACCAAUCAUGAACCGCUUCCAAUCAAAGUUCACCAAGGAGGAAGCACCACCCCCGCCCCCGCCGGUGAGUAGCAGACCUAGCAUCCGCUCCCGCCCCUCCAACUCCAACCUCUCCGCGCACUCACGCGACGAGUCCCCACCCCCGCCACUACCGGGCCCACGGCCCGGGACAGCAAACCCGCAGGGCAGCUCCGGCGGCUACAAGGGCGUCGUCAGGAGCCGGUCCUACGGCGGUAACACGCCCCUUGCGGCAGUGGCACAACGGCACGCAGCCGACCCGCCGCAAAACAACUACCUCUCACCCAAGAUCCCCGCGGAGAUGCCGCGGCGCAAGAGCGACUCGACCGGGGGCGAGUUCCAGGGCGGCGGGAGCGUGCAGGAGCGGCUGGCCACGAUCCGCGCGGGCCAGAACAGUUUGGCAAGGGUGGAGAAGGUGGUUGGGAAUGGCGGUGGCGGCGGCGGCGGGGCGCCGCGGCCGCCGGUGUCGAGGCACCCGACGGGCGCGAGUAUGGCGAGCGUGUCGAGCUAUCGGAGUGCUGCGAGUGAUUUGAGUAGUAUUGCGAGUAAGAAGAAGCCGCCGCCACCGCCGCCGAAGAAGAAGAAGAUUGGGUUGGGGCAGACGUGGGCGAGGGCGUUGUAUGAUUUUGAUGGGCAGGAUAGUGGGGAUUUGAGUUUUAGGGAGGGGGAGAGGAUCUUGGUGGUUAGGAAGACGGAGAGUGUUGAUGAUUGGUGGGAGGGUGAGCUUAAUGGCCGGAAGGGACAGUUCCCGGCUAAUUAUACGGAGAUUGUUUAA